CUUCGUUGGUGCACUUGCCUGCAGAGGGAAGUGUCCUCCAUGGUGUCAUUGUAGGGCUUCUGAGGUUGAAUAUCCACAAGUAAAACGAUGUCUGGGUACACGCCAGACCAGAAGCUCCGUGUCGAGCAGCUAGCGAAGCUCCGGAGGCAGUGGCUGAAGGACCAGGAGCUCAGUGCGAGGGAGCCCGUGAUACAACCCAAACCUCCUGGCGCCGUCGAAAAGUUCUGGACUGGUUUUCUGGAGCCGAAGAGCCUGUGGAGGCUUUACACCUACAAAGCGUACAAAGGAGGAGUUUUCGCAUUAACGCGGCUGUUGAUACCUGCUUGGAUUGUUCACUACUACGUGAAAUACCAUGUUGCUCAAAGACCAUAUGGUAUUGUGGAAGUGAAACCCAAGCUGUUCCCAGGUGACACCAUUCUGGAGACAGGCGAAGUUGUUCCAGAUCUCCCUGAGACCCACAGCCAUCAUUGAAAUAUUUCAAUUAUUUCCUCAAGUUUCUGUUGUAAAAACUGUGUAUAUGUCAUUAAAAUAUUACAGUCA